UAGCUUUAGUUGAGAACAGGUAACCAAACAGAUCGGUAGCGGAGCGAGUGCGUGGCUUUUGUGUUGUGCGCGCAUGUAGCUGAUAUCUUUUGUGAAAUAUCUGGCGAAAAAUAAGAUCAAGCUUGGCGCGAGUGUGCGUUUGUUGUUGGUGUUUUCGCAUUAUAGCUUUAUGUAAUUUUGUUUAAUUUCUUCAAAAAUUCAGAUAAAUUCUUUCGUUUUCAUCCAAAAAAAGCGAAAACAAUUGUGAACUAGAUCAAAAUCGAAAUGUUGUCCUAGACCGAAAUAAGUGUAUGAUCAUCCAAUAAUGCUAUAGAAAGCCUUUUUCGCUAAAGGUUUGAAUUAUUACUCAAGCGCAACUUAAAAUCCAUCAGUGUGUGAAUUUCUGCUAACAAAAUAUCUUCAAACCGAUUCCGUCAUCAGGCGAUAGACUGCGAUCCAGCCGAAUUCAUCGCAUCCACCGUUUCUGGGAUUAUUACAAAACUCCACUUCAUGAAUUAGUGAGCCGGAGGUUCAGCACAAAAUUAAAGUCAGAAGCGGCGAUAAACAAGUAAACAAAGAGGGACGGAUACUCGAGGUGGGAUUUUGUUUGCGGCGUAGACGAUUUAACAAGUGCAUUUUGGCGGACUGUGCUCUGGUUUUAGGAGUCCCGCCGCUCUCUACACCGCCACUACUGACUGGCAGACCUUCAGCCGGACGCAUUUUCCGUGGACAACAGUUGAACGGAACGGUUAAUCCGCGCGAAGAUGAGUCGCAACUCGGACAACUCCACGCCGAGUUUUACGGGAAUUGAAGAUCUCAUCGCGUCGCUCCGUGCUUUAGCGAUAUCGCGUAAAUGCCCCGCGACGCUGCAGGAUAUCCUGCUGGACUACGAAGAGUUCGAGGGGCACCCUCUGCAAGUCGGCAUGUACGGCUUCGAAUCAGUCGAACAGUUCCUAGAGUCGACGGGGGAGUUUGUUCUAACAGCCAAGCAGGGCGAGACGUAUGUGAUACCGCGCCACCAUGAGAGCACUGCACAUAUCGCGCAUAUGGUGAAGAAGCAGAAAAAGUCAAAGAGGCGUUCCUGCAAAAUCUACACGACCAGCAUCCACCUUACUACAAGCCGUUCGUCGCGCAAGAGGAGGAGGAAGCGUGCUGCGCGUGAAGAACUUAUAACGCCACAGACCACGCCAGAUAUCUCGUUUCAAGAUGAUUACCCCUCAGAGAAGAGGUUCGUGAGAUCCGUCACACCACCCCCGCCAGCGUGGACUGCAGAGCCUCAGCCUCAAGAGGACAUUCCUUGGGAGCCCGACUCGAGCAAUUUGCCCAACAGUACCUACCUCACCUUCUUGCAAAGUUUCCCAGAGCAAAUUCACAGUUACAAUGAUGUCGAGCUUGCAAUCGCGCUCGAGAUUUACUGCAGUUUCCAAGGCAUCCCGGCUCCAUCCUACAACGUGUACACACUUCCGUCCGCCGAGGGAUUCUUCUGUGCGGUGAUAGUGGAACAGAGUUGCUUCUCGACGGAACCUUGCUCGUUCCCGACCCCUCUACAAGCGAAAAUCGAGUGCGCAUACUUGGCCUUGAAGAGCAUUCACGCGAAAGCAAUGCUUCGUCUGUGGCCUGUGCGGCGUCGUAGCCGCAAGAAGUUGGCGGGCAUGAUCUACGAGGAGCUCCGGCAGCACUUCGAGGGGGUCACCUGCCAGGUAAUUCCUGAAAUGUUCCAACGAGCCUACGGAGAGCGGCUGCCGGGCAACUGGUUUUCCGUGGUCAGAUACUCCCCUUUGUUCUCUAUCCGCGUGUCUGCCUCGGGGGAUAUUCUCGUGCUGGCAAACUCGUUCUAGGAUGUAAGGCUAAUCUACUGAAUGUUGUGAUCUUCUAUUUAGUUUUCAUAUUUAAGGAGAGGAAUUAAGUUAAGAUGGCUUGGAGCUGUCGCAAACGUUUUAUAUUUUCAUAUUUUCUUGAGAGUUCGAUUGGUAGCGUUUUCACAUUAUUUGAAAUAUUUUUACUUCGUUUCCUUUUAUCGUAGUUUACUAUGAAUGCAAUGUUCUGUUCAACAAAGAAAAUAUUUUUGUUCUUACCUUA